AUGCUGCUGCCAAGUAGAGAUUACUCGCUUGUUCUCUUUGAUGCAGACGUGUCUGCCGGGAGCAAGACCAAAGACGCUCAAGACUAUCUGAGCCGGUCCGUCAUACACAAUAAAAAGAACUUCUUCUUCGUUUCGUGGGACUAUGCGAAAAUCGCUCGUUCCCGUUCCCCUCCAACCGACUUUACCAAUUGCUGCUUGAAUGGACAGCCAUACGAUGGCAGAGGCAUCAGAAGUGUCGCCGUGACGACGUACGGCGAGUCUCUCGCGACCAGGCUUCUCCAAGACGCCGCCAGCAAGCCUAACAACGGGCUCCCCGAUAGCGUCCUCAAAGGCAUGUUUCUGCUCAACCCUGAGUCUAUGGACUAUCUCCGGACCGAGUUCGGAAAAUUGUUUGAUAAGGAAUGGAACAUCAAAGCCGAUGACAAUACAAGGUUUACAAUCCUCGUUGUUGACCGAGACACGGGAUGCCAACCUGAGGGUGUCUAUCCAGAGCUUGACACGGGAAAUGGCAUUUCCGUAGUUCGUGAAAUUGUGCAGGGCAUGAUGGCCAGCACCAUAGGCCCGCAUACGCUGAAUGUCAUCUCGUGUGGAUAUCAAAGCGAAAGUUCAAUAACCGGCAUUGGGCAGUAUUGGACCAAACUCCCAAAGGUGGACAGCGUACCAAACAUUGACAAGACCCAGCCCGUCACCAAGAGGGAUGUCGAGGCCUACUUUCUAUAUUGGGCCUCCCAAGAGGACCAGAACCAGCAGUACUUUAAAAUGGCCAUUGGUCUCCGGAGCGGCGUCAUCGAUCUCUUCACCUUCAUGGGCAUCCCGACCGUGUCCAUCGGACUACGCAACAUGGUCGGAGAAUCGCGGCACAAGAGGCUGAGCGGGCCAAACUUCAAGCGGGUAAAUAUCCAAUAUGACGUGCCGCGCCAUUCAACCACUGCCUUCGUGGAGGACAGGUACAACCCCCAAGAAGUCUUGCUCAACUCCCCGUUCUGGCUGGGAGGUGCUCCCAUAAAUGCUUUGGCUGGUUUUCCACCGCGGAGCGCCCUUACAGACCAACAAAAGAUGCAAGAGAAGACGUCGCCCCUGCAACCCUUUUGCGAUUUUGACAAGUUUGUCCUCAAGGUCGGCGUGAGGCUUGCCUGCCAUCAAUACAUCAAUUGGAGCACCACGGUCAAGACGGUGAAUCGGAAUUUUCCUCAAGUAUUGACCACUAGUGCUGCAAGAUUUUGCUAUCUGGCCGAGGAACAGGGGACAACAAGUGGACGACCAAGUGUGAAGUCAUGCUUACUGAGACGGAAGUCAAUCGACAAGAAAGCCAUUGAGGGCAUGCGAGCCCAGCUCAGCAACCCAGACUCAACGCUUCAACUGUCAGAUACCCAGUUUGAUGAAUUCUACACAGUGCAAUUUAAAAAGGACUGGAGGCGUAUCAAAAGAUUACGCCCUUAG